UUUCCUGUAAUCGAUAAUUUUAUUAGUGACUUAAGUUUAUUUGGCAUUUUUUUAUUUUGAACCUUCAGAAAAAUGUAAUAAUGAUUAUGUUAUUUUGAACCGAAAUUGAAAGAAUUUGCGAUCAAAAUAAAUGCAGUCAUUUUAGAAUACUGAAAUAAACGACUUUUAAAGUGUGUAUGUAGCGUACUCUCACGUGUCAGCAAAAAUUCGAGCUGUCAUCAGAAGUGGACGUCGGUCUGUUAGAGUGAGCAACAGUUAAGCCAUAUAUUGGCUUUCGUCGUCCACAUUACGAGCACGUUGGAAAAUUCGUAAGCCUAAAUUUACUAUGUCAGAAUUUUCCUCGUAGAAGCAAGUCGGAUCUUGUGAGUUUCAUACGACGCGUAAAAUACAAAUAUAAAACUUCGAAGUAUUUAAACUUAUUUCGCUCCGGUAAAGUUAUUAGAGCAUUAUGGGUAAUGCGGAGAGCAAUGUGACGAGCGGGGUGAAGAAGCAGGCGGGAACAUGUGCACAGAGCAUGUACAGGCUGGUCGAUCUCAAAGGGGGCGGACUGCUAGUGGACAUGAUGAAGCGUGCAGCUCAGACGAAACAGUACGCCGAGUUGGAUCAUGCUAUUAAAACCAAAGUGGAGCCCUACCUUUACAACAAGGGACAGGGAAGCCUGAUUCCCGUAGCUCGGCUCGUGCUCCUGAGGAACAAGGAACGCCCUCGACACAAGAUGCUUCCGGUCUUGAGAGCGAUGGAGAACCCUGACGAUUACGACAUCGACACGAACCUUGGCGUUCCAGUCGACGAAGGAGAGAAAACUGACCCUAACAAGUGCCGCUUGGUUUGCUGGGACUUGAAGGAAAGAGGCGCCGUGGGCGAGACGUGCCUCCACCUGUGUCUUCUUAACGCCACAUCUAUACACGCAGACCUCGCCAAGAGGCUUCUGAAGUUCUACCCCAAGCUCAUCAAUGACAUCUACAUGUGUGACGAGUACUAUGGAGAGAGUGUCUUGCAUCUGGCAAUUGUGAAUGAAGACCCUGCAAUGGUGAAGUUCCUUCUAGAUUCGGGUUCAGAUUACCAUGAGCGCUGCAUAGGCAACUUCAUGUGCCCUGAGGACCAAAAGGGCUCCCGCACUGACUCCCUUGACCAUGAGUAUGUCAAUCUCUCUCCUGAAACCAACUAUGAAGGGUAUGUCUACUGGGGAGAAUAUCCCCUGGCCUUUGCUGCAUGUUUGGGCCAGGAAGAAUGUUACAGGUUGAUGUUGGCCAGGGGUGCCAACCCUAAUAAUCAGGACACAAAUGGAAACACUGUGCUCCAUAUGUUGGUCAUAUACGAGAAGCUGUCAACGUUUGACAUGGCAUAUGAGGUCGGCGCAUCCCUUGCAGUACGCAACGUGCAGAACCUCACCCCACUCACGCUGUCUGCCAAACUUGCAAGGAUUGAGAUGUUCUUCCACAUCCUCAACAUCGAGCGAGAGAUAUAUUGGCAGAUAGGAAGCAUUACCUGUGCAGCUUACCCACUGGAGCAAAUUGAUACCAUCGACAUUGACACAGGAAACAUCAGCAAGAACUCAGCACUGAACCUCGUUGUGUUUGGGGAUAAGGAUGAACAUCUGGAGUUGAUGGAUGGUGUGCUUGUGGACCUCCUUAAUGCCAAAUGGAAUGCAUUUGUCAAAUUCAGGUUCUAUCGACAGUUCUUCCUUUUUCUCUUCUAUUUCCUGUUUUCUCUAGUUUGCUUCACCUUAAGGCCUGGUCCACCGCCUAAACAAGCUCCUACAACGCCUCCACCUCUGAAUAAAACUGCUAUAAAUAUCACUGCCUCUACUCCUAAUUCAACUUUUCCUCACGUGUCUUCACAGUUAGGAUUAACAGAUAUUCUACUUCACGAUCCCAAUUCUUCACUAAAAUUGUACUCGCAAUAUCGGUCACCGACUAGAAACAUGCCUUUGCCAUACAGAUUAAUUUCAUCAUCUAAUUACACUGACAAAAUUUAUGAAUCUGUCACGUCCAAAAAUGUCACAUUAGAUUCAGAGACAGGAAGUGUGAUGGCUUAUCAGUUAGGAGAUCUGCACAAUGGGAGCUCCAGUAACCGUACGCAACUCUCAGUUUCCAAAACACUGAACAUAAGUGGAACUAGCUCUCGCGGUGAGCAGGAUGCAGAGGAAAAGAGGAAGAGGGCAAGAAAGGAGAGGGAUUCUGAGUCAUUGUCACAGAGUAAAGCAGUCGAUGACGAUGAUGAUGACUGGUGGGAUGACCUGCAGGAGUUUGGGUCUACGAAGGCAAAGAUACGUGUGGCAUGCGAGCUGUGCAUGGAGACAGGCUCCAUGCUGUACAUCGUGGCUGCUCUGCGGGAGGCACGCUUCCUGGGACUGAACAUGUUCAUUGAGAACCUGAUGACAGCUCCAUCGCGCGUCAUGUUCCUGUGUUCCUGUGUGCUGAUGCUGUUGAUGCCACUGCUCAGACUGUCCUGCCUCACCGAGAUUGAGGAUGUUGUUGCUGUCUUCAUCAUGCUCACCACAGCACCAUAUUUCCUUUUCUUCUGCAGGGGCUUCAAAACAGUCGGACCAUUCGUGGUGAUGAUCUACCGCAUGAUUAUGGGUGACCUCCUGCGAUUUGUUUCAAUCUAUCUUGUUUUCGUCAUGGGUUUUUCACAGUCUUACUACAUCAUCUUUCUGUCGUUUGACAACCCAAACACGCCGGAAGGUGUCGACGAUUCAGUGUCCAACCCAAUGCCCAGUCCAACUGAAUCAGUGCUGGCUAUGUUUCUAAUGUCCAUGACAAACUUUGGUGACUAUUAUGGCGCAUUUGAGCGGACAGGACACGAGUAUGAAGCUAAGCUGCUUUUUGUCAUCUACAUGGGGAUUGUGGCCAUCUUGCUGGUGAACAUGCUGAUUGCCAUGAUGGGCAACACAUACCAGAAAAUUGCAGAGACUCGGAAUGAGUGGCAGAGACAGUGGGCUCGAAUUGUGCUGGUGGUGGAGCGAGGUGUCAGUCCAUUGGAGAGGCUGAAAAAGCUCAUGGACUAUUCACAGCCUAUGUCUGAUGGACGCCGAGCCCUUGUGCUAAGACUCAACCAAUCAGAGGAAGAUAAGGAAGAAAUGAAGGAGAUUCUAGAGAUGAAGAGGGUACACCAGCGCAUCGUGAAGAGAAGAAAACAGGGCUGUAACAAGAUACAUCCAUCUAGUCCCAGUCCCAAAAGACUUGUGCUGUAGAUGGGAUUUAUCACUGAGAAAUUAGCUCUCAAAACAUAUGGAACAAAAUAAAAAUAUUUCUAAAUACUGGUAUUGUAUUUGCUCACUGAGAGUUUGUCUGUCACAUGGCACCAUAUUGGUCUAUCUCUCUUUCCAGGUAAUGGUGUUAUUAAUCAUUCUCGUUGAUGUAUGGAAAUAAAUACCAGAUAUAGACCACAGAA